GUUAACGAAUCGGAAAUGUACUUUUUGUCGAUUGUGUUUUUCAUUGUGAUUUUCGUUCGAGGUCUGCAAGGAUCAACUUUUGAAUAUUUAUUCGAUGAUCCAGAACUUUUUCGUAAAUGUUCUAAUCAACCCGAAAACGUUUUAUCUAUAGACGAAUUGUUUGACACAUCAGAGCUUCAUAGAUUUAUGGACAACGAUAUUAUAAAUAUGUCGGGCAAUUUAUCCGUUGCCUCUACAUGGAAAAUUAAGCAAACUGACCGCAUAAUGGUACACAUCUCUGCAUACCAUUGGGAAGUUGGGGCUUGGCAACCAACGAUCUACAAUAUAAUCAUUCAAGAUGCAUGCAAAGCGUUUAAUGACCCACAAAAUUAUUUUUACGUUUAUUUAACGAAACACAUAAUCAACAAGGAUACGAUGAUGGAAAAGUGUAUCUAUUAUCCUGGUACAAAGUAUUUCCUGGAGCCCCAUGAUAUUCGUUUUAACAUAACUUCGUAUGGGCUCCCAUUUCAUGGCCGUUAUAAGGUCGAAUUUAAAAUUGACGUCUAA